CAUUUAAGUUAGUUUGCCAACCGUCAUUAAAUUUAAAAGAAGAAGAAUAAGAUCUGUGCGCCGAAGAAGGUCAACUUUUUGAUGGACUUGAAUGGGCUGUAUUUGUAUUAAUCCUGGUGGAGACUACAGGAAGUCGACUGGUCAGCAGGAGGAAACGCGCGCUGUGGCUCUGGUUUAAAAGCAGCGGCUGGAUUUGAAAAGCUGUUCGUGGAUUAUUGUGUUAAUAACAGGGAGCAGUCGAAGACCAUAGGAGGUUUGAAAUUCCUGCAGCAUGGCGUCUGCACAGCGAUCUGCUAAAGAGUACCUCAGAAACACCAGGAAAAACCUGGUGACUGGCAUGAAAAACCUUCCUCUGAUCAUUGAGAGUCUUUAUCAGAAGAAGGUUUUCAAUGUCUAUAACCUCAAUGAUCUCAAAGCCGAGAGCUCAGAGUUUGAGAAAGCCAGAUGUAUAUUGGAUUGGGUUAUUAACAAAGGUGAUGAGGCCAGUUAUGAAUUACUCAAGAUUCUGGAUGUCACUAAGAAGAGGACAUUAGAUCCUGGUUUGCACUACUGGAUCAGCUGUUCUCCCUUCAGAGAUGAAGAUGCAGCACCCAGCUAUUUAUUUGGUACAAAGCCUUGUAAAAACUACCAGAAACAGCUCAAAGACAAAGCAAAGGAGAAAAGUUUCUUUAAAUAUCUGGAGAAGACACAAGUAAACUUCAGUUUUAUACCUCUGGUUUUAGAGACCGACUCUGCGGUAAAAACUCCUCAAUGCAAAAUAAAAUUGAAAAACAAAAAAUGCAAAAAGCUACGGCCCAAGAAGCUGAGAGCUUACAUUCCUAACGAGGAACAAGCACUGUCACCUGAGGACCUCCUGAGAUGGCAGGACAAGAACAUCCUCAUCAUCGGCAAACCUGGAGUAGGAAAGACUACCGUUGUCCAGGAAAUGCUGCGACUUUGGGCAGAGAAGGAUGACAGACAGAUAGACUACAUGUUUUACUUUGAUGAAAGUGUUUUGGCCCACAGUUCUAGCACUGCCAGCUUGGAAGCUCUUUUGUUUGAUGUGUAUAUAAAACCAAUGGAAAAAUACAGAAAAGAAGUGUUCCAAGAUAUUGAGGAAAACUCUGAGAAUGUUGUCAUUGUGUUUGAUUGUGUGACGAAUUUGGGGAAAAAAUCCAUCUUGUGGAAGAUAAUGAAGCACGAGCUCCUGCCCAAUGCCAAGAUUGUGAUCACAUGCAGAUCAGAGGAGGAAGAGGAUCCACUUUUCUCUGACUGGCCGACACGGACAGUGUAUGUCCAAGGAUUCAGUGAAGAGUCUAUCAACACUUACUAUCAGAAGAUGUUGGGUCAUAAUCCUGUUCUUCUAGAAGUCAUCUUGAAGAAUCAAGAGCUGUUCAGUCUUAGUCACGUGCCAAUGUAUGCAUUUAUGGUUGCCGCCUCCAUUUCAUUUAAAAAUUUCACCGUAAACAACCAUACACUCACAGUCACAAAGAUGUACAUCCACAUUUUCCGUCUUACUGUGAUGACGCAUGGAGAAAAAAAAAUUGAGGAAAUAGAUGAAAUCCUGAGAGAGAUCGAAGAUCAGAUUCAUCCUCUAAUGAAAACUGCAUUCAGUGCAACUAUGAAGAAAACCCUAAACUUUAAUAGCUGUGAUAAGAAAAACGUUUGUCAUGCUUUUCUGAAAAACAUCACACUACAAGACUCAGUAUCUUCUGCAACGACAUACUGUGCGUUUCUCCACAACACAAUGCAGGAAUUCUUCUCGGCUUUGUGGCUUCUUGGACAUCCAGAUGAAAUUGAGAACGUCCUACAGCUCUGUCAGACUGAGGAGCAUAAACACAUGAGACAUGUUCUUCCUUUCUUAUGUGGACUUCUGAGUGAACACAACACCAGUCUCCUCAAGUGUCUCUUCCCAGAGGAUCAGAUAAAGAAAACAUCUGACUGGUUCAUUGAGAAGCGUUUAGACACGUUUCUUCAACCUCAGAGUGAAGAGUUUGAUCUUCUGUAUGUGUGUCUAUGCUUGUAUGAGCUCCAGUCUCCUAAAGCCUGUUUAAUGUUCCUGGAGCAGAUGGACCAUCAGCUUGAACCAGAAGUGGAUCUUGAUCCUCAUCAGUGCUGUGCUUUGUCUUACGUGAUCGGUCAAUCCAGAGAUAAAGAGGUUUAUCUGAAUCUGGAGGACUGUACCGUAGCUGAUGUGGGAAUGAACAUGAUGGAAGUGCAUGCAUGCAUCUGGCUGUUAAACACUUGUAAAGAUCCACUGAAGCAAAUCACCUUCUUUGUAGAAUUCUUCCAUAAAUCAUCUCAUUGUGACUGCAAACAUUUUGAGGUGAGAGGACAAUACAAGCCAGAAAAAAACAAUGCUCUGCUGGAUCUUUACUCUCAUGUGAAGAACUAUGAGAAUCAAACAGGCAGGGGUUAUCUUCCAGCAUUACAGUCAGUUUUCCAGUCACCUGAUGUCUGGAUCAUAGAUCUCUCAGAGAGAAAGAGCUCCGUCCUCCUGGAAGUGCUGAAGCUCCAGAGAAAGAAGAAACCAGUAAAUCUGAGAGGAUGUUCAGAGGAAGAGAGUGAAGUGAAGAGUUUCCUUCAGUGUCUGCAACACAUCUCACAGCUGAGAUUAUCUAAUCUGAGUAAAAGUGUUCUGAGAAAAUUUCUUCUGAGACUCUUCAUUAAAGCAGCAGAGAUUGAGACACAGACAGGAGAGCAGAUGCUGAAACUGUUAGCAUCUCAUUAUGAAUGGAGUUACAUAUUUUAUGACUGUGAUUUCCUGCUGGAUCUGUGCUCUCAUGUGAAGAACUAUGAGACUCAAACAGGCAGGAGUUAUCUUCCAGCAUUACAGCCAGUUUUCCAGUCACCUGAUGAAUGGUUCAUAGAUCUCUCACAGAGAAAGAGCUCCGUCCUCCUGGAAGUGCUGAAGCUCCAGACAAAGAAGAAAAUAGUAUAUCUGAGUGGAUAUUCAGAGGAAGAGAGUGAAGUGAAGAGUGUCCUUCAGUGUCUGCAACACAUCUCACACCUGAUGUUUUGGUUCAUUGAUGAUGAAGAAGAAAGGACAUCUGCAGUAAGAUUCCUGCUGAAUCUCUGUGUUGCUGCAGUAGAAACUGACAAAGAUGCAGGAACAAGAUUCUCGACUCUGCUGUCAUCUGUGUGCAGCUACAAAACCUUCCCUUUUGAUGAAGAUGGUUAUGAUCAGAAUGAUUUCCUGCUGGAUCUGUGCUCUCAUGUGAAGAACUAUGAGACUCAAACAGGCAGGAGUUAUCUUCCAGCAUUACAGCCAGUUUUCCAGUCACCUGAUGAAUGGUUCAUAGAUCUCUCAGAGAGAAAGAGCUCCGUCCUCCUGGAAGUGCUGAAGCUCCAGACAGAGAAGAAACCAGUAUAUCUGAGAGGAUGUUCAGAGGAAGAGAGUGAAGUGAUGAGUUUCCUUCAGUGUCUGCAACACAUCUCACAGCUGAGACUGUCCAAAGUGACUCUCCAGAAGCUUGUUGAAUGUGUCUAUGAAGCUCAGGAAGAGGAACUAACUCAAAGCUUCCUGCAGAAAGUGGGCGGGGAUCUGACUUCCUGUUCCUUGAGCUGGGAAGAGCUACAUUAUUUCCUGCAGCACAGAAUUCAGCAAAUCACUGUGAACCUCAGAAAGAGCAACAUUCAGGUCAACAUUAGAGAAAUUCUGCCAUUCCUGAACCGGAUUAAGUUUAAACGGAUGAGCUCUGCCUUCAUGCUGUGUGCAAUCAGAGAGAUCUAUGAGUCCGGCUCUGCUGGGUUUGUGUCCAGUCUGUUGAGUUCAGUGAAGAACUACAUUAACCUGCAGAGCAGAGAUCUGGACUCUGUUGACUGUGCGGCCCUGCACUUCACACUGCAGCACUGCACUGCGGCUUCACUCAACCUUCUCUGGACCUCCAUACCAGAGGAAGAGCUGCAGAGCAUUCUGCCUCUCUUCACACAUCUCUCCCACCUCAGUGUUGACAGGCUGCUUUUACUGAAGAUGCUUCACUGCUGCAGUGUCUCUGAUGUCCAGCAGGAGGCAGCAGCUGUUCUGCUCUCGAUCCUGCAGCACAAGCUGGACUUCUCCUGCCGCUCUGCUCUGGAUCUGACAGCAAACACAGACUCAGAGCCUCUACAUCUGACCGCUGACGACUGCCGUGUGAUGUCCAGAGUCAUUCAGAGAGCUCACUCCGACACAAAGACUCGACUGAUUCUGCAGGACUGUGAGAUUCAUACAGCUGGAAUGGAUCAGCUGUUCCCAGUGUUACAUUCUGUUCAGCUCCGCUGUGAUAAACCUCUGCUGCUUCAGUUUCUGGCUCAUGUGAGGCCUGAGGAAGCUCAGUCUCUCUCUGGAGCUCUGGGUGAAGAGCUGGAUCUCAGUCAGACUCAGCUGGAUCUGCAGGUCUGUAGAGGUCUGGAGCUGAUUCUGGAAUAUUCUGAAGGACUGACAGAACUGGAUCUGAGUCAGUGCCAUCUCACCGAUCACAGUCUGGAUCUGCUGCUCCCAAACCUCCACAAAGCUCAAAACAUUGAUUUCAGUGGCAAUAGUAUAACUGACGCUGGGGCUCAAAAAAUCCACAGGAUCGUGACAAGCAACAGGAACAUAAAGACAGUAAGGCUCUUCAACAACAGAAUUGAAUCCCGAGAGCUCUUCAUCACUGACCCACGAUUUGAGAUCCAGUGAUGCCAGUAAACUCUCUCUGGAAUCAACAAACGGGUGAAAUAAUUAAUGCAGAUCUAGAGAGAUGAGACUCAUGAUAAGGUUACAAGUGUAAAAACAUCCCAGAGAUGAAUC